AUGGGAGAGAUCAAGAUUCUUGCAGAUGAACUAGCUACCUCAGGCUCCCCUCUUAGCAGUGAAGAAUUAACAAUUAAAGUUCUUAGUGGUUUGGGACCUGAGUACAAAGAGAUCUCUGCAGCCAUUCGUACCCGUGACGCACCAAUAAGCUUUGAGGAACUCUACGACAAGCUACUUGGACAUGAAGUCUUCCUCAAACAUGAAGAUGCCAAGAAGGAACAACUAAUCAUCACUGCUCAACUCAAUCAGAGGAAUUCCACAAACUUGGGAAGCAGAUCGCGUAAUAACUACAACACCAAUCACAAAUCGUUUCCCAUGAAUGGACAACCCAACAUCAAUAAUCAGUAUAGACAACAAAAUGAAAAUCCAUCAAGGCGGUCUAAUAAUCAUUGCAUUCAAUGUCAACUCUGUGAUAAAUUUGGACAUAUAGCCAAAGUUGGCCGAUCAAGAUCUCACCCUGUUGUUGAAAUGCAAGCGAAUUUUGUUGCUCGCACUAACACCCCAAAUAGUCGGUGGGUGAUUGUCUUAGGCGCUUCGCACUACAUGACAAAUGAUCCACAAAAUCUUGCGUCAAUAUCAGACUUCUCUGCAUCGGAUGAGAUUAUCAUUGGUGACGGAUCUGAGAACGGGGGCAUCACUUCUUCAAGGCCGGAAUAA